CGACAGCGGGGUUCCCCCUCCACUCGAAACGCUGACACCACCACCAAAACCCAGCUAGUCGAGCUCCCGUCCUUGUAAGCCUUCAUACCGUUCCCCGUCCCCCCUCCGCUCUUAACCCCUCCUGGACCCAAAGCAAAAGCAAUUCACUCAUAGCAUCCCCUUCGCCAUGAAGAUUCUUCCUCUACUUUUCCACCACCGACAACAACUCCGUCGAAGCUCUCCGUCACGCCCUCCCGCGUCCACCUGACACCCCCGCACCUCCUCCCCCUUCCCGCAACCACGAAAACGAAGACACGACACGACACGACACGACAUAAACGGCGGCACCUUCGCAAUGGAGCAAACCGAUCCCACAACCGGCGCGCCCCUCCCCGCCGACGCGAUCCAGCGUAUCCUCUUCAUCGCUUCGGGCGCCCAUGUCUACAACAUCCCGCCCCUGACCUCCAACAAGGGCUACACCGCCGCCGGCUGGACCGAACGCCAGAUCUUCACCGCCCGCCUCCGGGUCCUUGAGACCGCCUGGGAAACCCCCGCCGCCGCCGCCCCGGUCCCUGUCGGCGUCGGCAGCGCCGUCGUCCCCGUCGCCCCCGGCGCCCCCGCCGGCCUCGCCACCAAGGAGAACCACAUCAAGGUCGACAUCGUCCUCGAGGACCCCUCCAACGGCCAGCUCUUCGCCGCCGCCCCCUACACGUCCAUCUCCGCCGUCGAGCCCGUCCUUGACUCGUCCCGCUUCUUCGCCAUCCGCGUCAUGGACGGCCAGGGUCGUCGCGCCGUCCUCGGCCUAGGUUUCGAGGAGCGCAGCGAGGCCUUCGACUUUGGCGUCGCCCUGCAGGAGGCCCAGAAGAGCCUUGGCUUGCUCGACGCCACCCACGCCAAGCAGGCCGCCGAAAACACUAAGCGCGCUGAGGAGGAGCGGAACAAGGACUACAGCCUCAAGGAGGGCGAGACCAUCACCAUCAACUUUGCCGGCUCCAAGAUCGGCCGCCGGUCGAGGCCCGAUGCCGACACCAACGGCGCCAGCGCCGGCGCUGCGGCUUCGGGCGCCGCAUUGCAGGCCUUCUCGCUGCCACCGCCGCCGAGCGCGCCCAGGAGCAGCAACAGUGGCGGCGGCAGCAGCUUCCUGCCUCCGCCGCCCAGCGCAUCCGCCGUUCGCGAGCAGAAGCGGGAGAAGAGGAAAUCGGCGCAGGACCUGGGAUUCGACGACGGCCAGUUUGGCGAGUUUGCGUAGGACUUCUCUCUGUACAGUUCGAGAAGAAGAUCCCAAUCCCCUCCCUCGGCACGUCACUUC